AUUUAUCCUAAAUCCUUUUUACCUAUAUACAUUCAGAAGAGCUCUUUGAGUCGUGAAUCAGAGGCAGAGACAAAUAGAGAGAGAGAAAUCAAAGAAAUCUUUCGAGGAAGGAUGCAGAUAUUCGUGAAAACCUUGACCGGAAAAACCAUAACCCUAGAAGUUGAGAGCAGCGAUACCAUCGACAAUGUCAAAUCCAAAAUCCAGGACAAAGAGGGGAUACCACCAGAUCAACAGAGGCUAAUCUUUGCUGGGAAACAACUAGAGGAUGGCCGAACGCUCGCUGACUACAACAUCCAGAAAGAGUCCACUCUUCACUUGGUCUUGAGGCUUAGGGGUGGCACCAUGAUCAAGGUCAAGACUCUCACAGGCAAAGAGAUCGAAAUUGAUAUCGAACCUACCGACACUAUCGAUCGCAUCAAAGAACGUGUUGAGGAGAAAGAAGGCAUCCCUCCUGUCCAACAAAGGCUCAUCUACGCUGGAAAACAGCUAGCUGAUGACAAAACGGCAAAAGACUACAACAUCGAGGGAGGCUCUGUUCUUCAUCUGGUCCUUGCUCUUAGAGGUGGUGGUUUUGGUCUUCUCUGAGAAGUUAGCUCUUUUUUCUCUCCUGAGUUUUAUCUUUUCUAUGACUUGCAAUUUGGAUUUACUAUGGGGUUUGGAUCAGUUUACCAAUAAUCUCUCCAAUAUCGGAUCAAAAAUAAUAUUUAUUUGGAUUUGGUUACUUUUGAUGAA